AUGGGGGGCCCUGGCGCCGUCGUGGCUGCGGAUACAUGUGGUCGUGCUAACUCAUCCCUUGAACGUACCGCGGUACGUAUCCCUACCCUCUACCGGUCUCGAUGCCCGUGCUCCCAAGUGAGAGGCACCCACCUCAGGAUUCCCAUUCAGGAGCGUUCCUACCGUCUUGAGUAUGGGAACGUGAGGUGUCGAAUGGAAGGUGCUUUCCAUCUUUACGGUACCUUACGGAGCACUGAUGUCCCUGUAUUAGCGUCGCGUUAG